AUGUCUCCAUCAUUGAAAUCUCGCGCCCAAGCCGCCAUCUGGGGGGUCUGCGUAGCCGACGCACUCGGUGGCCCCGUACAAUUCAAAGACCCAGGAACCUUCAAGCCGAUCACAUGCUUAAGAAAGGUCGCGCCCUUCGAUCAACCAGCCGGAUCCUACUCCGACGACGGAUCUAUGACAUUAGCCUUGGCAUGCUCGUUCAACAAGUCCAACAUGCAAUACAACCACACGCUAUCAAUUCAAUACUUUGUCGAGUGGCUAAGAAACGGCUAUUUCAGCACUGUCAACCACUCGUGGGACGUAGGACGUUCCACUCGCAUCUCCCUGGGACAGUGGGAGAAAUACGGCAUAGAGAAGGGCGAUUUCGAACUUGCUCAGGUGAUGGUCAAUGGUAGAUUGGAGUACGAAGAGUAUUCUGGGAACGGGAGCUUGAUGAGGAUCGUCCCGAUUGGACUGGUUUACUGGCGUGAUCCUGGAUUAGCGAGGGAGAUUGCCAGAACACACGGCCAGAUCACUCAUCCUUCGCUCGCGUGUGUGGAAGCCUGUGAAGCGUAUACGGAGUUGGUGUGCAAGGUUAUGAAUGGCGAGACGAAGAAGCAACUCUUCCACGCGCUCUCCGUGUUCCCGUUUACUCAUUCUGCUCUGAAAGAGCGCUUGUCGCUGUACAGAUACAGGACAAUCAGUGACUGGAAGGCAAAAGAGCCUAGCGAUAUGAAGAGUAGUGGGUGGGUUGUUGAUACGCUGGAAUGUGCUCUGUGGGCAUUCUUCAAGUAUGACACCUGGAAGGAUGGGGCAUUGGCAGUCGUCAAUCUGGGUGGUGACUCGGAUACUGCUGGGGCUGUUUAUGGAGGUCUUGCGGGCUCAUUCUAUGGGUUUGACGCUAUACCCGGUGAAUGGGUGGAUGGGAUGCAGAAUAAAGGGUUUAUUGGGAGUAUUGCUGGUGCUCUGUCUGAUGGGAUAGCUUGA